CAAUUAAGAAGUAUUAGGCAUCAGAAACACAAUAAGCAUCAUGAGCCUCAAGGAUUCUUCUCUGCUAGAGAUACUUUCUGAAAGAUUGAUUAAACCAUUUUCUCCCACCCCUCCUUCGUUAAGAUCCUACAAGCUGUCUCGCAAAGACCAGAUGGUGCAUACUAGAUAUGUUCCCUGGGCUUUCUUUUAUCCUGCGGACAAUAAUCCUGAGGGAAAGGACAGAUCUUCAUUAACUGAAACUGAAACAUUUGAGCUGCUUCAAACUUCGCUAUCUAAGACUCUGGCAUACUAUUAUCCCUUUGCUGGAAGGCUAAAAAAUAAUAGUUUUGUUGAUUGCAAUGACAUGGGAGUUCAGCUUACUGAAGCUCGAAUCAAGUGUUCAAUGCUUGAAAUUCUCAAACAAGAGAACUCUCAUUUGAAAGAUCUUGUUUUUCCUAGACUUUUCUUCACUGAUGUCAUUCCUACUGAAUGUAGUCUAUUGAUCGUUCAGGUUAGCUUUUUCAACUGUGGAGGCGUGGCAGUAGCCCUGUGCGCGUCCCACAAGGUCAUGGAUGCAUCAACCACGUGCAAUUUCAUGAAUGAUUGGUCUUCCAUGGCUCGUACACUGAAUGAUCAUGUUCCAACUCCUCUGUUCAAUGGUGCUUCUCUAUUCCCACCUAUUGAGGAUAGUAAGUGCUCAUCCAACAAUGAGCUGAAAGCUCCAAAACCACCAGAAAGCUGCAUCACAAGGAGAUUCUUGUUCCAGUCAGCCAAAAUAGAUGAACUCAAGAAUAUCGCAGUCAAUUCAUCAGGGGUUUGUAAUCCUACUCGAUAUGAAGUUGUGACUGCACUACUUUUCAGGUGUGCUGUGGCUGCAGCAAAAGCAAAUUCGGGUUCUUUCCAGCCAUCCAUGCUGUCUAACACUGUCAACUUGCGACGCUUAACUGUUCCUCCAUUACCAAAAGAUUUUUUUUUUUUUUUCAACAGCCUGAAUCAGACUUUUUGUAUAAGAAACAAAAAACUGAAGCUCCACGAGGAGUACAACAAAGGAAAUGAUGGGGCAAAGGAUGCUAUCCCCUCUUCUCAAUGUGCUAAGGCGGAUCAUGAAGUUGCAAGUGAGAGAUUUGAUCAAUUUUACCUCUGCAGCAGCUCGUGUGGAUUUCCAUUCUACGAUGUUGAUUUUGGAUCUGGGAAGCCUGUGAUGGUGUGUGAUACCAAUCAAACUGGUGCCAAGAAUCGUUUCUUUUUGAGGGAUAUAAGGGAUGGGGAUGCAGUUGAAGCCGUUGUUACUCUAGAUCCAACAGACAUGUACUUCUUCCAAGGCAAUGAAGAGCUGCUUGCAUUUGCUUCUUUAAAUUCAUAA